AUGGAGACAAUUUUUCGGUGGUCUGGAGAACCCCCCAAGUAUGGAAAUUUUGGCUUUAAGGUUGAAAAAAAUAUAAAGCAGAACUGUGUACUCUUGAACUCCACCACUUUGGUCUGUUGGAGAAUGGCGUGUAUAAGGGAGGCAAAGUAUGCUAUGUUGACAACUGUAUGGGUGUUGUAUUACCAUGAUCCUACUCAUAACAACGAGAUAAAGAGUGAAGAUAAAGAGCAACAACAGCAAAGUGAAGAUGUUGGCAAUGAAGAGGAAGAUGAAGAGGAAGAGGAGGAAAAAGAGGAUGUUAUUGUUGACAGUGAUUAUGAAUUAAGUGAAGAAGAAAAUGGUAAUAAAGAGGCUGCAUCAAGAGCACAACCAAGGAACGAUGCACCAAAUGUUGAAUAUACACAAUGUUUUGAAGAGAUGAAUGAAAUGUCUCUUAAUGAAGCUACAUGGGAGAUAUUAGAUGAUGAUGAAGAUAGUGAUCGACUUCCUUAUGAUGGUGAUAGCUCUGGUGGUGAGGAAGAUGGUAAAAAAAAGACAAUCAAGAGGAAAUGA